GUGCAGUGCAUAUAUGGAACAAUCGCCACUGCAUCUCGUCUACACAACCUCGGGCAUCUGGAAAGACAGGUCACAGUCUUGUCUUGGGAUGAUCGCUCGAUGAAAGAAUUCAUCCGUAACAUGAAGUCCCCCUUCGAGCCUGCAUGAUGACCAAGACGCCCUCACACUUCGCUCCGGAUCCUGCGAAAUGGAUCAACACGUCAUCCUCGUCCAAGCCCAAAGUCCCUCUUCAACGACCAUUGAUCGGAUUCAAACAGCAUGGCAUCCCCACCCCGACACCAUCGCGACUGACAGACUCGACCUUGAGUUUGGGAUCUGGCUCGAAAUCUCGUCCAAGAGUCAGCAAUUCUACUCCUAAUGGUCGAUCAAAGACACGGACGGCGGUACGAGGCAGAGACGCCCAACAUGAUCAGUCUAGUCUUGGGAAAUACAUGACGCCGGAUAAAAUAUCGUCCAAACCGUCCGCGAAACAGACGGCCCUAGAUAAGAUUCGGAGAGAAGUGGAGGAGGAGUUGACUGCAUCCCCUACGGUCCAAGGCGCGGAUAGAGCUUUGAAGCUUGCCCCGUUUCCAAUGACAGUGAAAAAGGAUGAUUUUUGGGGAUCGGACGAUGAUCCAAAACCCAACGAACCGGUAGCUGGACCAAGUCGAUCGACCAAAUCACGUACGCCUGAAGUCAUCGACUUGACCUUUGGAUCUCAGGAGACCGACGCCCAUUGCCCACAUAAAGACGACCGACAUCUACGCAAAGUGUCACCCUUGAACGAUAAACCACUCGUUUCGCAUCCUCCUACUCAAGCAGUCAUCGCUCCAAUACCUUCCUCUAACCUUCAUUCCCCUGAGAUUCUCCAGAAUCAGUACUCCAGAACGAAUAGAUUUGGCAGUCCCGCACCAGCCAUCAUGUCAUCUGGCCAAAAGACUCGUUCGUCACUCCUUGACAGAUCACCCCCUAAUCCCAUUACGCCCAUUCCUCCGUCGAUCCUGGCCAUUCACCAACACUUGUGCGGACGAGAUGACUUGAAAGCUCAGAAGAAGGCUCAGGUCAAGGACGACUUGCCGAAAUCACAACGAGCUAAACGAGACGUCGACCUUCGAGUACAGCAACAAGCCAGAACGAAGGUACUGAACGAGAACGCCAAGCCACUGGUCCAUCUCAGCAGCGAUGGCUUGGAGGAAAAGUCAAGCCCCGCGCAUGUGUUGUCGCCUUUGCGUACGAACACUAUGCGGAGCCGUCAUCGCCGCGGAAGUUCCGUGGUUGAGGCGAAACACAAUUCUAGCAGAGCGCUGGCCAAAUUCCGAUCUGCCCGGGUUCAUUCCUCCCGCGGGCCGGGCCAACGGGAUCUACAACAAUCCAUCGCAAGUAAAGAGAGCGAGAACAACCAGGAUGGCUUUUCUGAGUUGGUGGAUUUCCUAGGAGAUCAUCCGCAGCCUGAUAGAGACUGUAACCCCCUCCCGAGUUCCCCUGUCCCCAUAGCCUCCAGGACUCCUCUCAAACAGGACACUGCUCGUCACCAUCAGAUCACGCCGCCCAAAACGCGAUCAUCCUCAAAGCGAAAGCGAAUGGAGGAGCAUACCGAGACUCUGUUUGCGUUUCCUCCACCUCCACAGCCAAAGUUCACAAAGAUAAAGCAUGGCGUGGAAGAUCCUGAAGGCGGCAAGAAAUGGAACGCUGUCGAUAUGGAUCCAGAAACACUUCUUACCUGGAGUCUUGGAGGAUCUGAACGUCAAAGUCUAGCUCAGAAAUCCCUGCGCCGGCGGGCGAGAGCGACCACGGUCCUGGCGGACGACUCAGUCUCUGAGCAUGAAGAGCGCGGGUCGGCUUUGUCUCAAGGAGCAGAUCCAUGCAACUCGGCUCGCAAGCUCUCGAGUGCUGAGGCAUCCCCUAAUGAACGUGUCGGCUUAAGGAGCUCGAUAUCCGAUCUCGCAAGUGUGAGUUGCUCGCCAUUCAAAGGUAAACAUGAGACAUCACUCACACACAUAUAUCAGAUCGGCCCAUCUGAGCCUUCUCAAUCUUUCCCUGUUUUGGUCCAGUCAUCGCUCUCGCCCGAUCAAGAGAGGCCUCCAUAUCUUGGCGAGCGCAUCGAGCUGCAUUCAGACAUUACUCCCAAGACGACAGUGACGUCUACCAGUCGAUGGAAUCACUUGAAGAAGGGGAUCUUGUCCGUCCCUGCUGAGGGAGGAAACACACCAACGUCACGAGGUGAAACUGGAGCCAGCUCAAAGAAAACUCGAGUGAGGCCUGCCAGUGAUGCUUCGCAGUCCAAGCUGGCGGCGUUUGGCUUUUUCAAGGAUGUGAAAACGAAGACGCAUAGUGAGGAUCGAGUCUUUGACAGAACAUGGGACGAGGAGCGAGAUCUUGAAUUCGAAGAAGGAUCUUCUGCGAGCUCGCCUCGUGUACAAGCAACAAAUGAAGCCCUUUCGCUGCGACCGGUGCCUGAAGCACCGCAUCAUCCGAAUCUGCGUGCAGCAGGUAUUCGCGAAUUGGUAAAGCGGCAGUCUACAUCUCGGCAAGAUGUGCCCAGUUCCCCUCUCGACGGACCGUCAAACCUCGAACCCAAAGACCUCAGCUCUAGUCCGCCCUUAUUCCCGUUACUUUCUUCGCGACCUUGUACACCGUCGACUGGACCUGACACGACCAGUGCGACUCCGACCACAUCUAGCAGUCUUGGGGAAGAAGGCGGGCAACUACCUACUUCGAUUGGGAAAUGGUGGGCACAAAUUGGUGACAGAGAGAUUGGGUAAAGUGUCUCUGUGACGCUUAUUAAUUGUAUGUUUGAAUCAUCCUGUAUAUAUACAUGACGGUCACGAUUCCAAGUUGUGUAGCUGUAGCACUCACGAAUGCAAGCUUUAUCUCCAUUUCAUUAUCACGUAGCGGCGGCUAUUUGGUAGAGCGCGCUUAGAACGGCGCACGCGGCCGGAACCAAAAAAGAAUCAGUGAAUUUAAG